GACUGAGGCUCCACCCCUCCUCUGUGAUUGGUGGGCUCGAGCUGGGCUGAUGCGUGAAAUAGCGGCCCUAGCGGAACUACUGUAGUAGAGCUGCUCACGCGUUCUUUGUACGUCUGAAAGACGAUUGGGCUUUGUUACCGUUAUCAUGACCCAGGCAGAAUUUGAAAAAGCUGCUGAAGAAGUGAAGAAGCUGAAAUCCCAGCCAACUGAUGAUGAAAUGCUGGAUAUUUACAGCCAUUAUAAGCAAGCUACAGUUGGAGAUGUAAAUACAGAACGUCCUGGAAUGUUUGAUUUGAAAGGCAAAGCCAAGUGGGAUGCCUGGAAUAAGUUAAAAGGAAUGUCUAAAGAAGAAGCUAUGAAAGUGUACAUAGCAAAAGUCAACGAACUGAAGGACAAAUAUGGAAUGGCAUGAAGCGCCUACCUGUAUGCCUUAUAUGGAAACAUACCUUACUAAUACUGUGGAUGAAUACAUUGUCUGCUACACAGUACUGCAGUGCCAAGUAAUGAUGCCACUUCAGAAUGAUUAACUGUGUAAAUAAACUUCUAAUGGUUUCUAGAAUAAAGCUAUGAAAUUCAUAAAAA